AACCGAGGCUUUUUGCAUUUUCUUCAGAGUUGCUAAACCCACCUACACCUAGUAUCUUUUUAUGCCGCGCGCUUUCUACCCCUGCAACAAUAUGUAUCACAACUUACUAGUUUUUGCUCUCUUUUGCAUAUUUUUUUACGGAUUUAUUGCGAAGUACUGAUAUCGAGUCGUUAUCACCUUCUUGCACCAAAAGACUUUUUACUAGUAGUCCGACAGUCGUUUACAACGAGUAUUUUUUCAUUUUGAUUUUCCAAAACGAAUCGUGAGCACAACAAGGUAUUGAACAAGCGAAAUACUGUCUAAUCCCCAUAAUAACCAACCCGAUUUCCAAUACUAACACAUAACGUCUCCCACGAGUGUCGUUUUCAUCAUGACCACUUCCACCCCGGUGCCCUUUACGUUCCCCCGCCCCGCCUCGCUCGCACCAGGAGCAACUUUUGGCAAAAUGCAAGAACUACCCCAGCACCAGCCUCCCAUCGGCGUGGCCGCGUUGCGCGAACGGUUCGAGAACUUUAAGAACCAGAAGUUCUUUGUCCAGCCACGCCCUGCCAGCGUGUCCGGAGACGUUUCAAAGUACUACAACCGGGAUAGGAAUCAAAUUCAAAACGCGACCACGAGGAGCAGACCCAGUAGCAUCACCAGGCAGUCGCAAAACCGGGACUUUUUCCUGCCGAGCAGCAAAAAAACCGGAAGUGUACUAGAGGAAGAAAGACAAAAAAAUGCUGCAUCCCCUUCAAGAAACUUGAACGAGAAGGCGAACACCAACGACGAUCUGAACGACCAGCACGGCACGGUUCUGGAUAAAAGAGCUUCGCAGCACGCAUGGUCCCCGGCGGUGGCGGCGCGCGAGCGGCCGACAACCAGGGGCAGACGAAUGUCCCAGCACCAUGAUGAAAUUAAACAUAGCAUCGUCGUGCACGACGCCCAAGAUGAACAAGGUUUAGUAUCGGCCCGCCCUCAGUCAUUCCGGGAGUCCGCGCGGGAUCAGAUCCAGGGUCGCGACAGAUCAUCCUCUUCCUCCCUUUUUCACCACGCAGGCACGCCGCUCCCCGCGGUCAAAUCAGCCGCUCUACGGAGCAGCACGGUCGAUGCGGCGACUACAAAUGUGCGGUUUAUUUCUAGUACUGCAUCGGAGCAGCAUGAUCAACAAACACGGGGACCACCACGACGAGGCAUUCCGCCCGGCCACGAAGUACAACAGGUGCAGCGCGACGACACGCGUCGGACGAUGCAGAGCAACGCCUCCUCUAGACAAUUCUUCUCGGCGAAGAGCACGUCAAGUGCUCUAGGUUCUUUGUUGAAUGAGGACAAAAAGAGCUACAAGGACACUAGAAGUACUUCAUCUGCGAUGAUGAACAAUAAGGGGGCGCUGAUGAUGGAUCUCAAUUUGAACAAUUUGAAGGUCAUGGAUCCGGAUGCGUCGCCCUCGCCGUCCGGGUCGUCGAAGAACCCGCUAAGUAGUUCUUUUCGCGGCCGAACAAACGUCAGUACGGGCAGUUUGUUAUUCCAGAGCACCCGAAGUUGUUCAAGCAGUACGAAUAGACCGCGGUCCAGUUCCCGUCUUGGAUCUCGGGACCCGAGGAUGCUACUGCAACAGAACCGCACCUCGUACUCGGCUUCGCCUGUACGGGUGGUGAAUCACAAAAACAUAGCAGUGUUGAAUGAGGAAGAGAAGAACCGGAAGAAUCAGGUCAGCACCAGCAUCGCAGGCUUCCUGGCAGUGGAGAUGAAUGGCACAACUACAAUUUCUGCUGGUGGAAGAAGUGGAGGCCCUAGUACAUAUGCCACGACCAUUGGCCCAGGGAGGGUGCUAUCGACAUCAACCAUGUUUGUCGGCGGCGGCGGAAGCAUAAGCAACUGCAAAAAUACUGCGAAUUAUACCAGAGACUCUAAUAGCGCUUUGUCGGUUUAUUCCGUAUCGCCCUCGAUUUCGAUGUCGCCCAUUCCCGGGACUCGUCUACUGGUCACCAGCGCGGGGCUGGCUGCGAAGGCGCAGGCUGAUCUCUUGCGGGAAAAAAGUGAAGCUGGGAGUGCGAAGAUUGGGAGGCCGGCGGCCGAGGACUUAGAUCCCUGGAAGAUUUUCGACGAAGGGAGGGACGGGAAAAUCUUGAACACUGUAUCUGCAUCGAAACAGUGGAAACUGAACGCUAGCAAUAUCAAUAUGAUCCAGGAAGACCACGACCGCAGCCCGGCUCCGAGUAAGGGAGAAAGCGUGGUGACGGCGAACGAGGCCGAGAUGGACUGUGCCAAGAAACCGCCGAUCGAACUCGAAGUCGAACCCGUCACGCCACCAGAAAUCAAAGAAGAGAAAGAUUUUGACGUGGGAGCUACUACCGUCCAGCCCGAACAACUGCAGGCGAAACUGCAGAGUGGGCACAACACCGCGACGGGGGACUUUUCGCACAGGAGUAGUCCCAUCAAGGGAAAUGAUACUGACGCCAAGAACCAAGUUGUGCCCGCCUCUCGGUCCCGUUCCCGCGGCUCGGUGUUGAGUGAGAAAAUACCGCCGCUGUCGCUCUCUCCGUCCCCGGCACCUCGAAAUAACAAGGCGACCUUUCAGGACGAGCGCAGUUUGCAACUCAGUGUUACAACAUCAUCUUCACAACUUCUGCCGCAUAUAGUUGCUGGCCAGGAACAACAUCACCUACAGCAGGUCCGUCGGCCGGCGUCCGCAAGCCCCGCGCCGCAGCCGCCGUCGCCGGCUCUGGCGCAGUUUUUGGAGGGGAGAAAGGUGAAUGAGCAUCAUUUCACGCCGAUAGAGGAGAAGAUCAAGCAGGAUCACGACACAGACGUGGGCGUGGGGGCGGAGGUAGCGGACAGAAUUAUGUCGGGACUGGCCUUGCCGGUGGGGGCGAAGCCAGAAGAUCCGGGAUUGUUCAACAACAUCAACAUGGUAAUGCUUCCCACUUGUGUGAAUAACAGCACUUUGGAACAAGCAGCUGCGACAACAUCACAGCAACUCUUCCAAGACUACAUGUACCGCCCAUUGCCUUACUAACUUGAAAUUUGUCUGCAGCUAAAAAAAUCAAAAUUUUUGGUAGUGCAGUUCGUGUUCUUCUCUUCUCGCCCGGACUGCAGCCCGCUUGCGAGCGCUGCGGACUCCGUGCUGGGGAACUUGGCCGACGUGUUGCGCUCCAUUCCUGCGUCAUUUGCUCGAAGGUCCCGCACGAGCUUGAUUUGCUACCUCCACACGGAAAUGCGGCAACAGGUAGGGGCCUCCGACUGCCAUUUUUCGGGUAAGUUUCGCACCUAAGAUAACAACAUGACGCGAGCCUCCGAGAGGUGCUUGGGCGCAGAGCCCCUUCCCCCAAAAGUGGCAAUUUGUAAUGCGCGUUUCGCAUUACAAAUGGCCUUCUUUUAUGACCCGUCUUGGGCUCGCUCUCCGGGCCAGGUCACAAAUCUGAGCCCCUGGAUCAGCAGAAUGCCGUGCUGUGAGGGUUCAGAUUUAUGAUGCAAAACGUGGCUCCGCGAAAAAAGUCUGCACCUCGGCAAUGAGGUCCCCAAGUGGAGGUGCAGACGUUUUUCGCGCGGGGGGGGACAAGUGGGGCAGAUAGCUCGUGUUUGUCUGCGCCGCGAAAAAAGUCUGCACCUCCGAAAUUGGCCUCCAGAUGAGGUGUCCUCGGACACCUCUUCGGAGCCCUCCCGAGUCGCGGACCUCCGGGGCGACAAAUUUUGGCCGCCCUUUUCGCAUUGCCCCGACCUGAAUCGAGCUCAAUUUGCAGGCAGAAGCCUGCAAUUUGAGCUCAUCCCCGAAACGACCUCCUCCGAGGCCGCGAGGUUCGAACCAAAAGCGAGCCGCUGCUUCAGCAGAUUCAGCUCAUUCCCAAACAAGACACGCACUAGGCAAAUCGUCAGGAAUCAGGAGGGAGUGUGGGAACUUGAAGAACUACAACUGCGAACCCGGGUGGACGACGUCCACCGAUACCGAAGCACAGAGUCCCCUGGUGGCUGAGCUGUCUCCUCUGCUUCGUCCGCCGAGGCCUUGCCGGAAUACCUGGCCUGCCCAUUUCCUUGCUUUCGUUUCAUUGUGGAAAAAAAUAAACACACAAGAAGGUGCCCGAAAAAGUAGGAUGCAAAAAUUUUGAUUUUUUUUGCUGCAGACAUUUUUCCACAGCAACUCUUCCAAGACUACAUGUACCGCCCAUUGCCUGACCGGAGCAGCACCGCAUCUAUUUUCCAUACCACCGGAAGUGGAUUUUUGGAUGACAAGAGUGGCCUCGUCACAACUCCAGGACCGGCGGCGCAUAGUCCCUCCGCGUCCUUCCUUCGGACGAGCUCCAGAGACGGUCGUGAUCUCGAUGAAAUGCACAAGAAUAUAAUUACCGCUACAGCACACCAGAGCUUCUACAAAAAUCGGGUCCGUUCGACCGAGCGGCUGGCGUUGUUGAAGAGUCACAAGGCGGAACUCCCCGCGCCGCCUUCCAGAUACAGCAGUAAUUGGCGGGUGUCUACGGAAUCCGGCAGGCUGGAGCAAGUGUCCGAGUGGCGCCGGGAGUUCUUGCCCGAUUUGCGCGACUCGGCGUUCGACGCCCACAGCCCGCUGCUCGGCCGGAGCGGUGGCGAGGGCAGCGCGACCCACGGUCGUGAGACAGUGGUGCAGCGCGGCCGCAGCCGUCAGCGGAUGAACAUUAGUGCAUUGCGGUUUGCUACUGAUAGGUCGGAGAUAGGAAAUAAACAAUCAGGGAACAAUUUUCAUGCUGCAACUUUUCCAAUUGCAGCUCCCUCCGGCUCGUCGGCUUUGUCUUCAGCCGCAGCCACUUUCGAAGUAGUAGGCGACAGGGGCGGCACGGGCACCGGAUCGGCAGCGGUAGCGACACAGGAUGCUUGUUCUGCAAUUGUAGACGGUCGUCCACUACUGGGUGUGCACCACGAGCAAGGAGUUGUUGGAAAUGCAAAUGACGAAGAAAUUUUUGGAGGGGAGAUUUUCGACGCAGGCGAAGAUCAUGCGAGGAUUGUAGACACGGAUCAAUCAGCGGGACCGGUUUUCCACGCGAGAAACGUGCUGGGCAUUCCGGGACAGAAGUUCAACGUGCCGGGUACUUUUUCUGGAAACUUCUCAUGAUUUUUUGUCUGUAGUUUUCGGGCAAUACUUCUGAGUAGACUCUGCUAGAUGCUAUGUUUUCUUCCUGUCAACUACCUACACUUUGUUUGAUAGAGAUACAGCAUAGGCAAGUUGACCGCACAAAAUAAACUCCCUGAAACAAUAUACAAUCACAGUGCUUCCCGACGUGGUGUCCCAGAUUUUCCCUCUCGAGCGUUGGGGCGACUUCACGCUCCCCACGGGAAUUGCGCACACAGGAUCCGCAGGAGUUAAAAUCCACGGACAAUUGUCCGCCUCGGUUGACAGUCUCGGCCUGAGUCGCGAUCAUGUAGUUGCACAACAACUUCAGGGAAGUAGAAGAACAGUUGAGGUGGAACAAGAAAUGGAAAAUAUUAACCAAAGCGCACACGACGUCGAGGUGAAUGCUAAUGAUCCGCAGCUAUCAACGAAAACCAACUAUUUUGGUUUACGACAUCAGCACCAGAGAAACACUUCUCCCUCCACAUCCCUCGGCGCGGCGGCGUUGACCUACGCCAAGAUCGACGUCUCGGCCGACGGCCGGGAAUUUUUGUUCACGAAUAAUUCGAGGACGUUGGUGAAGCCAAAAUCCCGACCCUUGGACACCCUGCCCGUGACGCUGGACCCGCACGUCCGCACACAGAGGAGGCUCGAAGUCAGAAGAACUCGGGGCCGGCAGCCCGACCGGAGUGUGUCACCCGGAGGAGGUAGUCCCUCCGCCGCAAGCAGGUCGCCGUCGGUGCAGAUAGCCGGGGGGCUGCGUGGGUUUUUUUACUGACACGAACUACUGAAGCAUAUCAGUGGCUUUAUCCUAGAGGAGAAUCAUAAGAUAAGGAGCGUCUUAUGACUUCAAUUUUUUUGUCUUCAUUGUUCUCGAGGACGCUCCAGAUUUUACUUUUAGUUCUUUCUUUAAGUGUUGUAAGGAGGUCUUCGGGGGUCACCAAGUUCAGCGACAAGGCUGCAGUGGACGUGGAAGAUCAUUUGUAUCUCGUCUCACGAUGUCCACGGUGGCUACGCUCGUUGCGCUCUGCAACUAGCACAAAGAUCUCAAGAACAAGCAGGAAGAUUUCAAUUUCUUGUCGUCGUCUCGCCUCGGUGUCGAACUCCAUGCGUUGUCUGUCUUUGAUGUGAAUGUGUUUGAUCUGUGUAUGUACCACUCUUCUACACAAAC